AUGCAGUGUGCAGCCACUGGUGACAGGCCCCCGCAGUUUGUGUGGGAACGGGACGGCAUUGUCAUAUCCAGCAAUACUGAGCACAGAUAUGCCUUAGGCCAAGUGAUGACGUCAGACAACGCGGUGGUCUCCCAACUGAACAUCACGAGGGUACGGGUGGAAGAUGGGGGGCUGUACAGUUGCACAGCGAGGGAGGGGGAGCAUGCCUCUGUACAUGAGAACCGGCUGGACGUUUAUGGUCCACCCUACAUCAGAUCUCUUCCCCCAAUUAAAAUUCAAAGCGGAGAAUCUGUCAACUUGAGAUGCCCUUUUUAUGGCUAUCCCAUCAGUAAAAUCGACUGGGAAUACCAAGGCAAAACUUUGUCUACAAACACACUAUUUCAACGUUACCGACGAUCUUUCAAAUAUAAAAUCCGAAGAGACGCCCCCUUGGUGAACCUUAAUGGAAUUUUGACAAUACCAGAGGUCAGUAAGGACCAGAAUGGGGCAAUUUACACGUGUAUAGUCACAAGCCCAAGUGGAGAAAUGGCUAGGAGAGCAUUCGAGGUGCAGGUGAUAGAAGCGCCGGUGCUAGAAGAUUUGCUGCUGGGGAACAAUCUGCAGGAAGGACAGAUUGUCAAUAUUUACUGCAAUGUGCGCAGCGGUGAUCUGCCGAUACAUUUUGAGUGGCUGAAAGAUGGGAAAAGGAUACCGGGCAAUUUGAAGGUUGUGGAAAGAAGUUCGGAGUUAUUCAGUGCCUUGGUCAUCAAGAAAGUGUCUCUCGAACACUGCGGGACUUACACCUGCGUUGCCUCCAACCACGUCGCCAAGGUCAACCGGUCUACUGAGCUUUAUAUCAAAGUUGCACCAAAAUGGCUGGAGGAACCAACGAACUCCUCUCUUCUUCUGGGCAGAAGAGGCGCUGUAUCCUGCAGCGCCAGCGGCUACCCUCAGCCACAAGUGCACUGGAUGAAGAAGGAUGCAAUUCUCGGCACCUGGCAACCAGUUCUGGAGCUAGCUGGCGGAGGGAUCCUCAGUCUCCCUAACGGGACCCUGGUCAUAGAAGAAGUAUCGCUCACAGACGAAGGCUUAUACUCGUGCAAUGUGGAGAAUGGAGUCGGCCAACCGCUCAGCAAGACUGUAUGGAUGAGUGUGAAUAAGCCUGUCCACUUCGAGUCGUCAUCGACUAACGUGACCUCACGCCUCGGCCAUCCAGUCUCGCUCGAGUGUCGACCAUUAGGAGAUGACCCCAUCAGAGUCACCUGGACUCACGAUGGUAACCCUGUGGACUAUCAGAGUCAAAGAAUAAAACUAUCAGAAUCAAAGACCUCUCUAGGGCUGGCAAGCACAGUCAACUUCCAGUACUCCGAGACAGGAGACGCAGGGCUGUACCAAUGCAGAGCGAGCAAUCCUUAUGGGGCAGCCAUUUUCAAUGUUCACCUUACUAUAUUGGGUACGUAUUAG